CCUAUUGAAACUAUGUCAAUUUAAUAUCAGAGAUGUUGCUAGGGCAAUUUCUACAAUGUUAUACAACACCCGGGUCUGGCACCAGACUAUAUCAUCUGCGACACAACAACAAUACAAGGAUCAUGGCGUGAAACCCCGGUGGCAGGCAUGCUGGAUGCAUACAUUACAGAGCAUUUGAAAAAGUACAAGAUGGGAACACGAUCCGCAGCGAAUCAUAUGACCAAAGCAAAGUUAUUGACUUCCAAAAAGAGACCCGUGCGCGUUCCAUCAGAAGCUUCAGUAUCACCGUCAGCUGCCUCUGAUCGCGAGCUAAAGCCGGAUAUCAAUAGCAACGAACCAAAAUCAAAAUCAAAGUCCAGCCCAAACCCAAAAUUUGAAGUUCAGCAUACGCCCGAAUCUGAGAACAAAUCCAGAAUCGAAAGUAAACCGAAUAUUGGCACAUUCGCUAAGUGUGGGCGCAAGAAGCGCCGCUCUAUCAAUGCCCAUGGACUCAGCGAUUUGUCCAGCGAGUCGAGCUCGGAUGAAUAUGUCCCGAGCGAUGACAGUGGUGAUGAGCACAGCAAGCGACCCGCUCACAAGGGCCGCGGAAGAGAUGAGGAUGAGCGCUCUAAAGGGGGUGGUAAGAAAGGGAAAAUUGAGUGGGAAAGCGAAGGGGCGAUCGAGAAAGAAGCGACGAGGUGGCAGUGA